CCUAUCGAUAUCUCGUGUGAGUUACCGCAUGCCCAUCACAAUCUGCAGUGUGAUACACAAAUUUUGCAAUUUUGCGAGCAUUGUUUUGCUUAAACAUUUGUUGCACUUAAAUAAGCUGCACAAUGUCUGAUAACGAUGAUGAUUUCAUGUGCGACGACGAUGAAGAUUACGGUCUGGAAUAUUCUGAGGAUAGCAACUCGGAGCCUGACGUAGAUCUCGAGAAUCAAUACUACAACAGCAAAGCACUCAAGGAGGAGGAGCCAAAGGCAGCGCUCGCCAGUUUUCAGAAGGUGCUCGAUUUGGAGAACGGCGAAAAGGGCGAAUGGGGCUUCAAGGCACUCAAGCAGAUGAUAAAAAUCAACUUUAGAUUGUGUAAUUACGAGGAAAUGAUGGUGCGCUACAAGCAGCUGCUAACCUACAUAAAAAGUGCUGUCACACGCAAUCACUCGGAGAAGAGCAUCAAUUCCAUACUGGAUUACAUUUCAACAUCGAAGAAUAUGGCAUUGUUGCAAAAUUUCUAUGAGACCACAUUGGAUGCUCUGCGCGAUGCAAAAAACGAUCGUUUGUGGUUCAAGACAAACACGAAGCUGGGCAAGUUGUACUUUGAUCGUAGUGACUUUACCAAACUGCAAAAGAUACUCAAACAGCUGCAUUCGAGCUGCCAGACAGACGAUGGCGAGGAUGAUCUGAAGAAGGGCACACAGUUGUUGGAGAUUUAUGCUCUCGAGAUUCAAAUGUACACCGUGCAGAAGAACAACAAGAAACUGAAGGCUCUGUACGAACAGUCGCUGCACAUUAAGUCCGCAAUUCCGCAUCCCUUGAUUAUGGGCGUCAUUCGCGAAUGUGGCGGCAAAAUGCAUCUGCGCGAAGGUGAAUUCGAGAAAGCGCACACGGACUUCUUUGAGGCGUUCAAGAACUACGAUGAAAGCGGUUCGCCCAGACGCACCACCUGCCUCAAAUACUUGGUGCUGGCCAAUAUGCUGAUGAAGUCUGGCAUUAAUCCGUUCGACUCGCAGGAGGCCAAGCCGUAUAAGAACGAUCCAGAGAUUUUGGCCAUGACAAAUUUGGUUAAUUCCUAUCAAAACAAUGACAUCAACGAGUUUGAGACUAUACUGCGUCAGCAUCGCAGCAACAUUAUGGCCGAUCCGUUCAUACGCGAGCACAUUGAGGAUUUGCUGCGCAACAUACGCACACAGGUCCUCAUCAAGCUGAUCAGACCGUAUAAGAACAUAGCCAUACCGUUCAUUGCCAAUGCCCUGAACAUUUGGCCCAUCGAGGUGGAGAGUCUGCUAGUUUCCUGCAUAUUGGAUGACACCAUCAAAGGGCGCAUUGAUCAGGUGAAUCAAGUGCUCCAGCUGGACAAGAUUAAUAGUAGUGCUGCGCGCUACAAUGCUCUCGAGAAAUGGUCCAAUCAAAUCCAAUCACUUCAGUUUGCUGUCGUUCAGAAAAUGGCCUAAAUAUGCGCCAACAAUUAAAGCAAAACUGUCAUUGGUAAAAUACUUCAAA